GUUUUUUAUCUUCAUAUAUGGUUUUGAGGCCCAAUAAUUUCUGAUCGAUAUUUGCGAAAGAUAAUGGCGAAAAUUUUGUUAUCGAUAUUGUUUCACGUGUGUGUUUGCCCCUCGAAAAAUGGCAAUCAGCUGAUAGAAAUAUUAGGAGGUAUUGCAUGAGGAACUGUGCCAAGGGUAACUGAACUUUAAUCAGGUCGACACAGCCGCAGUACAAGGUGGAGGUGUCAAGAAGAUUUUGGGAGGAAGAACUAUGCUGGGGCUUUUUUUCUGUGGAAGAUUCAGUCGUUUUGUGAGAAAUGACAAGAAUGGAGUCGUCGUGAGUGCAGCGAGAUGUUUUGUGACGAGACCAGUGAAUUUUAAUAAGAACUUUUGCCUCAGCAAGUAUAGGAAUGCGAUAUCAACUGUUGGUGUUAGGUGUUGCAGUGGCAAUGUGAUUGACCGAGCCCAAACGAAAAAGAAUGUACCCCAAGCGAAGCCAGUUAUCACUCCAGUUAAAAAUCCCUUGAUUGUGGAUGGAGUGACAGGGGGUAAACCAGGGCAGCAGAAGAGAAACUGCUUUCAUCCUGGAGCUUCUGCACUCAGCAGGGAUGACUUACAACUCAAGGACUAUCCCCCGGUCACCAGUGCUGACAUGAUCAAGGCUAUGGGGAGUUAUAUCUGGCCAAAGGAAGAUUCUGAUGUGAAAAAUCGUGUGAAAGUAGCUGUGGGACUGCUGGUCGGAGCUAAACUCCUGAAUGUUGCAGUUCCAUUCCUCUUCAAGCACGCGAUUGAUAAAUUGAAUGCAGCAUCCAUAGCUGCUGGUGGAGAAGCUGUCCUGGGCAUGGGAAGUGCACCAGAGACAGUGACAACUGUAGUGACAUCUCUCCUCAUUGGAUAUGGAAUUGCUCGAUUGGGAUCAGCGGGAUUCAACGAGCUCAGAAAUGCAGUAUUCGCCAAAGUAGCUCAAGGAUCUAUUCGAAAAAUUGCAAAAAAUGUAUUUUUACAUUUGCACAACCUCGAUCUGGCUUUUCACUUGUCGAGGCAAACGGGUGCAUUGUCUAAAAUGAUCGACAGGGGAAGUCGUGGAAUAAAUUUUGUCCUUUCAGCGAUGGUGUUCAACAUAGUGCCAACAGUCUUCGAGUUAGCUCUAGUGAGCACAGUACUAGGGAUCAAUUGUGGUCCUGAAUACGCAGGUGUGGCAGUGGGAUGCGUUGGUGUCUACGCAGCAUUCACCCUAGCUAUCACCCAGUGGAGGACCAAAUUUCGUGUGUACAUGAACAAAGCUGAGAACGAAGCUGGAAAUAAAGCCGUUGAUUCGCUCAUUAAUUAUGAAACAGUUAAAUAUUUCAAUAAUGAAAAAUUCGAGGCUGAGAGGUAUGACGAGUCCUUGAAGAAGUACCAGGAGGCCUCGUUGAAGACAAGUACCAGCUUGGCGUUACUUAAUUUCGGACAAAACGCCAUUUUCAGUGGCGCUCUGAGUCUGAUCAUGGUGAUGGCUGCUAAAAAUAUCGCGAAUGGAACGAUGACCGUUGGGGAUCUAGUGAUGGUGAAUGGAUUACUAUUCCAAUUAUCAGUUCCUCUGGGAUUUUUAGGAUCAGUUUAUCGAGAAGUCAGGCAAGCUUUGAUCGAUAUGCAGACAAUGUUUGCACUUUUGGCUCGUGAUCCCACAGUUAAGAGUAAACCCAAUGCAACUCCAUUUUUCGUGACUCCAACUACCUCCGAAAUAGUAUUUGACCGAGUAAAUUUCCAGUACGUCGAGGGUAAAACGAUUCUGAACGAUAUGAAUUUGACGAUCCCAAGUGGAAAGAAAGUUGCUAUUGUCGGUGGUUCUGGUUCUGGGAAAACCACAAUUGUCAGACUACUGUACAGAUUUUUCGAGCCUCAGGACGGUACAAUCACCAUAAACGGUGAAAAUAUCGUAGAUAUCGAUUUAGAUGAUCUGAGGAGAACAAUCGCUAUUGUACCCCAGGAUUCUGUGCUCUUCCACGAAUCAAUAUUCUAUAAUCUUCAUUAUGGAAAUUUGAAGCGAAGCAAGGAAGACGUUUACGAAGCAGCAAAAAUGGCGAAUCUUCACGAGGCUAUUCUCAAAUGGCCCAAGGGUUAUGACACACCUGUUGGAGAAAGAGGAUUGAAAUUGAGUGGAGGUGAGAAACAACGUGUGGCCAUCGCGCGCGCUAUUUUGAAGGAUAGUCCUAUUUUAAUAUUCGAUGAAGCCACGUCAUCGUUGGACUCAAUUACUGAAAGUCACAUUUUGGAAGCUCUUCGUCGAGCAACAGUGGGUCGCACUUCGAUUAUGAUUGCUCACCGUCUGUCCACUGUAAUGGACGCAGACGAAAUUCUAGUCCUCGACAACGGCAAACUCGUCGAAAGGGGUACCCACCAGGAGCUCAUCGUCAGCCAUCAGUCCAUAUACAACAGACUCUGGGAUGCCCAGAACAUCGGACUUCUCAAAUCCAAGGAGCAGCAACACAAGCUGCGAAAUCAAGGCUCCACAUAACGAAAAUCAUCUUCUAGCUCCAAUGAUCCGUCAAUUGUAAAAAUAAAAUCAAUCCCGAAGAUAAUAUAAUGUAAAUACUCAAGUUCCCUUUGUAGAGUUACGCAAAUGACUGCAUGUGAUAGUAUUUUCGUAAUGUACAUAAAAGAAUAUGAAGUAAUCAUUGAAAAUGAAAGUUAUUGUGGAUAAUGAAGUGGAA